GGAAAAUGGCUGGCGUGCGCUCGAUCGUCCGCUUGGCGCAUCGCCACGUGGCUCGCGCAUCUGCCCAUGCGCUGCCGCAACUCAAGCCCGCAAUGAAGUCUUCGUCGCGCGCUCUUGUGGCCUCGCGGACCAUGGCCUUUAGCACGGAGACGGUUGUGCCAGGCAUGACCGAGUCGGAGUUCAUGAAGCUCAGCGACGUCGUCCUCAAUGACAUCCUCGAGAUGAUGGAUGGUAUCGAAGCGAUUCUGCCGGACGCUGAUAUUACGCUCUCGCAAGGCGUCUUGACCAUCAACCUCGGUGAAGACGGCACAUGGGUGCUCAACAAGCAAGGUCCCAACCGCCAGAUCUGGUGGUCGUCGCCUGUGAGCGGGCCCAAGCGCUUCGAGUACGACUCGCGCCUCAAGAAAUGGUUCAACACGCGUGAGAAGCAGCAGGAGCUUGUCGAGCUUUUGACCGAAGAAGUCGAAGACAUUACGGGCAUCAUCGUGUACACGGAAAACUAACUAGAUGCUGUAUCUCGA